UUACUCGAUCAUCAGUUUGACUGAACCAAGCGUUGUGCAUGAGCGGAUUACUACCGACGCUAGACAAGGAAUACAUUUUUUUGUAGUUUUUGCAGCGGGGUUUCGAGGAACAUUUUCUUAAAGAAAGUGACCCGACCUCAUCGUUAUCGACUUGGCAGAAUUUUGACCUAAAGAUGGCAGUAUCCAUGGCAACGUAUGGAGAUGUCAAGGAGGUGAUAUUAAAGGCCCCGGAUGACAGGGAGGCACCAGAAGUGGAAAAACUUUUACCAUGGUUUCGGCACAAAUCUGACCUGCUGAGGAAUCUCAAAAGAAGUAUCCUCAUUGACCUGGUAAAGAAAUGCAAGUUCAUCAAGAAGCAUGAAAAUGACAUCAUCAUCAAACAAGGAGAAAUUGGAGCGUGUUUCUACAUCAUUCUAAAGGGCAAAGUGACUAUCUAUAAGCAGAACAACGAGGAUGACUUGACGUGGCAACAACUUUUAGAAAAUAAUGCUGUUGAUAUUGGAGAUCGACACAAACUAGGCCAACUUAUCUGCACGUUAGGCCCUGGUGAAUGCUUCGGAGAAGUUGCCUUAAUUUCCAAGGAAAGCCUCCGCACAUCCUCGAUUAUCUCUGACAAAGAAACGCACUUAAUUCUCGUAGAUAAAGAACUCUAUACAAGCUCAAUCCAAAACAUUCUCUCACUGGAGUUCACAGAAAAAACAGACUUUGUCAGUAAUAAUCCGUUAUUCAGUAACUGGCCUCACGAGCACAGGAAAAAGCUUGCCAUCGCUCUAAACAAGGACGAAAUGGAUUUUGAAGAUAUUUUGGUGAAACAAGGUGAUCUUGUGGAGGAGGUCUACUUUAUUAUAGAGGGCGAAGUCAAACUUGUCAUAGAUCCAACGAUGCAUCCAAAACAGUAUCCUAGUUACAAACUGAGCACAAAGGUACCUUCGACGAAUGGCAAAUCGAAACCUAUUCGGCAGAACAGUGCUCAACAAGUGGAAUAUGCCCUCUAUGGGCAAGACGAGUUACUUGGCAGCACGGAGGUUCUCCUGGGCAUGGACACAUACUUCUACACAGCCACUUGCACCAGAAAUACGAGCGUGUUUGCCUUGUCGAGGGGAGUCUUCCUACGAAUGAUUGCGGAGAAUCACCACCAUCAUCAAACAAGAGAAACGCUUCUCAGCCGCUCCGAAAUAAGCAUGACGAAACUCCUUACUGGCACCAAAGAAAAGCAAGUACCCAUACUGAAGAAAAUGCUAGAAAAGGUUCGCGGUAACAACAACCCGAAUAAAAUCCGCGCCAAAUUACAAGGUUCGCUGAAGAAGAAGAAGAAGGAAACUGGUGCGCUGGGCAAAUUCAUGUUAUCCUUAAAGUUUGGAGGGACGAGCUCCUCCGAUGACAAAGAUACUGUUGACUCUACUGUGCCCGAGGCACCGAGCUCUGACAUUGAUUCAUACCGAGGAAGCAUUGCCAAUGUGGAGCUGAGUCCUGAUGAGUACUUCCUCUUCAAGCAGACUCUGUCCGGCGUCGGACUCUAUAUGGACCGGACUGAGGAGGAGGAGAUUGGAGAUGAGUUAGCUGAGGAGGAGGAAGACACGGCUGAGGAGGAGUCACUCGAAGAUAGGAUCAGGAAGUUUCUGAACACGGGCAGUGGAACUGCUGAUAGUCCUGGCAGAGUAGCAAAGAUGAGGGCCCCAGGGGAACAGCAUGAAAAGCGUCGAAGCAUCUGCAUCAACGUGACACCCAAGGGCGGACUACUCGGGAGACGAUAAGAAAGACUUUACCCAUUUUUGCUCGUUAGGUUUAGAUGUAACCAGACCUGACUAACUGAAGCUUCAUCAGACGACCGCACAAACAUAAAACACUGAAGAGUGUGUUCCUCGAGUUAGAAAGUAUAGGCAGGUUUCGCAAUCCGAAAAAGGGCGACCAACACAAGUGCCAAGUGCGAAGCCUGUGUGGGGUCAUCGGCACCAUCUUACAUGUACAUGUAUAUUGAUUUUAUCAGCUGGUAUUCUAAAAUCAAUGCGAUGAGAACUAUGUUUCUCCAAGAAGUGGUGAUCGUUCACCUUAUUAGCGGCCUAUUUCAGCCCCCAGUACCUGCAAAUCUGCCUCUAGUGGCACUGUCUUUCGAUCGACUGAGGAGAAAUAGGUAAAUCCGUGUAUACUACAUGUAUCCUUGCGUUCGUAUAAGGAUUUGUGGUGUAAUAGGGCUCUAAUAAACUACUGCCUGCAGUCAUAUCUAUGCAAUGUAUUACUUUGUGCCUUCGAAGUUAGUUUGAUCAGGUUAUUAAGCAACACUAAUUUGUUUGGUGGUAAGUUUAUAUCAAGUCUUAGUCAUUAAAUUAUGUACCUUGCAGCGUGAAGUUUUUCGAUAACGACUCGAUCAUGUGAUUAUUAAUUUGACUUUUUCUCGAAGCCAAAGAAUUGGAGGACGGCGUUUGGUGAGAAACUUGUCUCUUCGGCUUUGACAUGUGUGUAAACGCAAGGAUACUAGCAGAUUAGAAUAAUCUACAUGUAUAUGCUUGGUUGGCCUAUUCGUCAUAUUUUGUAGAUCAUGACAAGAAACGAUUCAUAUCGGUCCCGGGUGAUAAUUAGACUAGUUCUGGAGUUGAAGGGAAGGAACGACUAAAAACUGUUGUGGGGUGCCACUUGGUUAUUUUAGUAGAAGUAUUAAGCUCUGUAGAUAGGUGCGAAUGAGAGUGUGAAUGGUCGACUGCUUGAGAAAUGACUGAUGCAAUGUGGAGCUGUGUUAAAGAUUCCCAAGUCAUGGAAUCGAGGCGUUGCGGUGGUGUAUGUGUGCUUGGUGAUUGUGAGUGCGCCUGAUAAGAGUUGUAAACGAGUAACGAAUGAGUGAUCUUCGUUUGGUUCUUCUGAACCACGUGAUUUAACAUUACCAGGAAGGCCAUUGGGCAAACAUCAAAUUGGUUCUCUCCACCACCGCUAGCGUGGUGCAUGCCGGGUACCAAUUUUGACACUGAUUAGAAAAUACAGCGUACGCGCCGUUCGUUUGAAUAAAAUAUAUGUUUGCAGGAGUGGUAAAUGGGCCGGAUGCUUCAUCACAGUGAUUUUGAAUGGCUCAGACAGUGUGUCGUGAUUCUAGAGUGAAAAAUGGUUUAAAAGAAAAUUCUCUGAACCCACCUUCAUACAAUGUUCCCUCUCGCCCUCAAACAAUUUACAUUGACUUCUAACAAUGAGAACAUGUUAAUCACUGAAGUGUUGUAAAUUUAGUCAUUUUUUAUCCUGGUGUUGUGACAAUUAUGGAACGAACGACAUCUGUAAAUAAUUAAAGCUUUAAAAUUAAUUUCUCAAUGCGUGAAUGCACACAAACAAAUUAUAUUGUAAAACGUGCAGACUGAUUACCAGACAACGAACGUCCGUCGACAUCCGUGACCAGAUAAAAAGCACGUAUACACAGCGUACAUAUCCAAACCUCUAUCUGAAUGUUGCUGAAAAACAAAUCUAAUCGGCGGUUCAUUUUCAAACGAAAUUUCAUUGUACAAUCGUUUUCUUAAUCAGCGAGUUUCACUCCUGAUGGGGGAGAAAUAUUAUAUCAUUUUUGUUCUUAGAUUGAAUACUUUGUCAGUGUGAAAAGCUUGAAUCAUGCCGAUGAAAUCAAUAAUCAUUAGCCAAGGAUAGAUCGUAUGUCGAUGAUUUUCAGUUAAAAAAUGGAUGAUUUAAUGCAUUGUGUUUUUUAUUGUUUUCUCGGAAUAAAAACAGCUAUGUCAUAAA